UUCUCGUUUGCUUUCAUACGAAUUCGAAGAUUGCAAGCGAGUGGACGUGUGUGUCGGAAUAAUCGACGGAAGUCAAGUUUAAUUUGUGCUCCGACAGAGAAACGGAAAAUUUAAAGAGCUAACAUGCAAAUAUGAGCUUAAUAAAAAGCAAAUAAAUUUCUACAAAUCAUUUACAUACAUAAUAGUGCGAGUGCAGACUUUAAUUCAAGAAGAAAUUAGCGAAAAAAAAGCAAAAGAAAACAAAAAUUUUUGUAAAACGAGCAAAUAUUAUUCAGCUUAAGUAAAUGCGACUGCAACGAAUUUAUAAGUAAAUUAAACAAAAAAAAUAUGUAAAUGCGGAUAAAAAGGAACGAACAAGUGCCUUUUAGCAACAACUACCAACACCAAACCAACCGACUAAUACUAACCAAUAAACCAACAACCACGCAUUUGUGUAAAAGAAGAGCUAAAAUAGUUUUUAAACUAAAAUAAAUAAGAAACCAGCAAAUUAAGUGUUUGGGUAACCCAUUGAUGAUUAAUUGAGUUUACGUCAUUUACCCAAUAUUGACGCUCCUGUUGCAUUCAAUCAAAUUCAUACGCACAUACACAACAGUCCGAGUAAAAAUCGAAUUGUUGGAUAGAAAAAAUGAAAGAAAAUAAUAAAUUGAAUAAAAAAAUAAAAAUAUAAAAAACAUUCACACAUAUGUAUAUACACAUAACUUAAUAAUCAACCUAGCCGCCACUAAGCCGAGUUAUUAGCCAGGAAUUUCGGACAAAAAAAAUACAGAAAAGUGUGGUUGAGAAGAGAGAAAUAGUUAAAGAGAAGAAAAACAUAGCUUGUAAGCCACAAAUAGCUGACAAAAAGUAAAAAAAAAAACAAAACACUAAAACAGCUAUUACAAUUAUACGAAGUGCAAGUAUAAUUUUAAUAAAAAGAAAUCAGAUAAAAGAGAAGAAGACAGCGAAUUAUAACGUAGUGAAAAUUUAAAGAAAAAGUGAAUACAAAUUCAAACUAAAGUAAGUGCUGUUCAAUUUAUGCAAACUUACGAACCGCCAUACCCCACACAUACAUAUAUAUGUGCAUACCUACUUACCAAAGUGAAAUAAACUCGAGUUUUCUUAAAGUUCUAUUUACGUUAAUUAUUUCAAUAAUAUUCCCCCAAAAGUGCGCUUGGUUCACACAUAUUAUCUAAUAAGCCAGUGGUGACAAAAACAAUAAUAACACCAACAACACACAUUGAAUUUAUACAAUCUAAACAAUAAUAACAAUAACAAUAACAACGAGAAAUAAGAAAUUAUUUAAAAUUAUACAAAACAACAACAGUAACAACAACAAGAAUAGCAACAGCAGAUAAGUAAAUCAAAUCUCAUUGUAAAUUUACAUUCAUCGACGUCAAACACAAAGAGAGUGUGAGAGGCGAAGACCCCAACUUGGCUACAAACGUUCACAUAUACUGAUAGCAUUCAAGUGCGAUUUUGUGAUUCACUCCGCUGUCGUUAGCACUGCCGCUGCUCGCGUCGCAGCAGCCAAUAAUAACAAAAAAAAAAGCAAACAAAAACAAUUCACGAGUAGUAUAAAAACAGUGAGAGAAGAGUCUAGCGUGUGUCGCACAAUAUUGUGUGCGAGUGCGAUAGCAAGAGCGUGAGUCAUAAAAGUGAAAUGAAAAUGCGGGUAAAGAGAGAAUCACCGCUGCUCGUGCUGAGAUUUAGGACAAUCAACAGCAGAAAUGAUUGUAAAAGGUCCACAGUUUGCGAUACACAUGGCACAGCUUCGGCACCUGAGGCAAUGCCUUCAGAAGACUGCAAUGAGGAUUGGUCCUCAACAGCGCCGCAAACAGGAAAUCGUUCACCACUGAUGAGAAGCUGUUCAACGCCAGCUGUUUAUGAUAUUGAAACCCAUCCCGCGUCACCAGUUUUCCCCCAUUUACUAUUGGGCAAUGGCAAAGAUGCCAGCGAUCCGAGUAGUGUGGGCGCCAAUUGUGUUUUGAAUGUUACCUGCCAAGCACCCAGCUCAGGACCAGCGCCGGGACUUAAAUAUAAACAGAUACCUGCCAGUGAUACACCACAUCAAAAUAUAAAACAAUAUUUUCAAGAAGCCUACGAUUUUAUUGAGGAUGCACGCAAAACCGGCUCCCGUGUACUGCUGCACUGUCAUGCAGGCAUUUCGCGCAGCGCCACCAUUGCCAUCGCCUAUGUCAUGCGUUACAAAUCUUUGUCACUCUUCGAGGCUUACAAGUUGGUGAAAGUAGCGCGACCUAUAAUUUCACCUAAUCUCAACUUCAUGGGUCAACUACUAGAGUUGGAGCAAAAUUUACGUACGAGCGGUGUUUUGAAGCCGGCUUCACCAGCAACAACUGCACCUACCACACCGACAUCUAGUCAUCAUGUCGAAUUUAUCAGCGGCAAUAACAACAGCACAUCAGUAGAGGACGAGGAUGAAACGGAUUCAACUCUGCUACGUAAGCGACCCAGUGAUGCCAAGCGUAAGCUAUGUCCAGAGGUUGACGAUGAGGCGACAGAUGAUUCGUUUGACGCUACACGCUGCAGCACGUUGACCACUCAAAAUAGCAGCAACAGUCAGGCAAUGCGUUUGACAUGGCCACCACCGACAGGUACACCGACAUCGCUGCUCUCGCCAUGCACUUCAGUCGAGGCGUCCUGCUCGUCCUCUGUAUCAUCGUCAUCAUUGUCCGCUUCUUCGUAUGCUUCAUCCUCGGCAUCGACGCCGACAUCACCGUCAACGCAGCAACAACAACAACUACCCUUCAUCUGCUGUACACCGACCAAUAUGCCGAAACGCCACUCACCCGCCAAACUGCGACUCAACCUACGUUCCACCUUUGCACCCAUACGCCAAUCCCAAUCGUGUAUGUCCAUACGCGAGGUGGCCGACGAGAGUGCCGUACCAAGCACGUCGAACACAGAGCUGGUAAUGACGGGAGCAGCAGUGACAAGUAGCAGCAAUCAAAGCAUACCAUCGCCAGUGACAAUGGACGAGGAGAAUAAUGUGGUUAUGGCAAUGUCCACCAGUGAUUGAGAGCUCUAGUAUAUUUGUUUAAUGUAUUUUAAUACAAUAAGGAUUCGUUUUAAUAUUGUUAGCGUAUAUUAAAAGCAAAGCAAACAAAACUAAAAAUUUAAUAAAAAAAAAAUUGCAAAACGGUAAAUGAAAAAUUUAACAACAACAACCACAACAAUGUAAGCACUCUGUAUAAUGCUGUGAAUAAUUUUUAACUGUACAGUUUAGCGAAUGUACCUAACGAUUAUAAACAUAAGUAUAUACACAGUUGUGCAUAAAUGUAUGUACAUACAUACAUAUUAUAUAUACUAAAUAAGUGUAAUAGAACACCGAUCGAGCGAAUAAACGAUCGAAACGACACCACGCCUACUAUUGUUACAUAAAUACUGCGAGUACAAGGAUUACAAGUAAAUACCAUAUGUAUCUACAUUGAAAUUAUAAUAUUAAAUGCGGCAUAUAUACAAUAAAUAAUACGCAUACACACCCACAUAAGUAUGUGCAUAUAAAUGGGCCAAUACCGAAAUGCAUAUACUCUAAAUCAAAUCUUAAAAAAAUAUGAAAACUUUGAAAAUUUCCUCUAAGAAAUAUUGUACCAAUUUUUUACUUUUUCACCAAAUCAUUUAAAAUUGUGGGAAAAAAAGUACAACAGCAGCAAAAUUCAAUGUUAUAUAAUAAAAACCAUAUGCAUUUUCCAAACGGAAAUACUUAUUUUCACGAAGACAAACUUUUAAUUUUAAAAUUUGUUUAAAUAUACUAUUCAUUUAACAUCAUUUCACAAUAUAAAUUAAAAUAUCCAUAUUUUAUAUAAAUUGCUGAGUGAAAAUUAUAGGUACAAAAAUCUUUUCUAAGUCACCGGGUUUACUUUCCAGGCCGUAGCAUACAUACCCUCAGAACUUUCAACGCUGUAACAUAUAAUAAAGUGUAUUUUGAUUUCAAGUUAUAUGUACACGAUCCUCUAUUUUUAAGUCAAAGAAACAAUUUAAAUAAUUUUAGCUUAAUUUAUAGUAUUAAUUAAAACAAAACGUUUCAAAUUAAGUUGGAGAAAAAUAUCCCAGCAAUUCUUUGCAAUGACACGGCCACAUAAAUUUACCCUCGUUAUUUGUUUAGUUUAAUUUGUAAAAAAUUACAAAAACAAACAUGUACAAGAUAAAAAAUAAUAAUUAUACAAAAUAAUAUGUGUACAUAUAAAAAUAUUAAUAAAUUAAUAUUUAUUUAAAUUAAUGCCAAACUCUUCCUAUAAAACUGUUUUAAGUUUUUUCUUUUACACAUAGCAACAAAAAAAUUAUUUUGCACAUUAUAGAAAAUCAGAAAUUAACCUAUAAAAUGGUUAAGCACACAUCACACAAACAAUAGCAUUGCAAGAAAAGAAGAAGAAAAAGAAAUCUAUAAAAUUAUGUAUUUAAAAAAAUUCUGUUCUUGUCACUAUCGCAAUUGAAUUUAAUUUAAUUAUCUUAUAAGCUAAUAAAUCCGUAUGUAUACUAUAAGUUAAAGAUAUUUUUAGUGCAAACUUAAAUGUAUAUAAAUAUGUACAUACAACUAUAAAUUAUUUAUACACCUUACCACCUAACAUAUGUAUGAAUAUAUUAAAUGAGUGAAAAACAUAGAAAAUGCUAUUGGGUUUCGCUUUAUUUCUGCUUAACUUAAGAAAACAGUCAAAAAGCAGUAGCUACAACUUGAAUAAAAAAGGUAAACCUAACAGAAAUAGGUACAUACAUAUGUACAUACAUAUAUAAUAAUAUAAUGUAAAUUGUAAAACAUAGUUAUGAUUUUGCACAUACUUACAAACCAAUUUUUGACAAGCUAUAGAAGAAAGCGUAUCAGUUGAAUGUGCAACGUGAACAUAAAAAUUGAAAUAUAUAUAAAGAUAUUUUGAAAAGAAAA